UGUCUGCUGCUGCGCGCAUGCGCCGUUGCGUCCUUGAAAACCAUGUGCUCGCCCGUGCCGCCCUUUCGUCAGCACACGCCGGGCUGCCGCCGUUAGGUUUACGGUUUCUAGAAGCUUCGCUGGUCGAACUCGUGCGCAAACUUUCAUAAUGGCCGGUGUGGGCAAGCGCCUGAUCCCGCUGCUUGACCGCAUCCUGGUGGAACGGUUCGUGCCGGAGGCCAAGACCAAGGGCGGCAUCAUGAUCCCGGAGAAGGCGCAGGCCAAAGUGCACAGCGCGACGGUCGUCGCUGUCGGACCCGGUGGCCGCACAGACUCUGGCCAGACCGUCCCAAUGGCUGUUAAGGAAGGCGACAAGGUCCUUUUGCCUGAGUAUGGUGGCACUAAGGUGGAAAUUGAAAACAAGGAGUUCUACAUCUUUCGGGACAGCGAUGUCUUGGGCAAGUGGAGUGACUGAACAUGGACGCCAGCUCUCUUCAUCCGCCCCUGUCCAUAGUGUUUUCACAUAGCAUGUUGCUGUUCAUGUGGCAGUGAGCACACCCGGUGUGCAGCUCGGACCAGACUGCCUCUUUAUUAUUAUUUUUUUUAUAUACAUAAUAAAUCGCCACCACCAUGUACAGUA